UGUCCGCUUGCAACCCAAACAGGAAGUUGCCACCCUAAACGUCACGGGAUUCAGAAAAUGAAAUGGCCAACAAAUGUCAUCAAAACAAAUAUAUUUAUUACAAAUGUGAUCGUUUUUAACAUUAUAAAUUGUUCUAAAUUACAUACAGUUUCAAUGUAAAUGAUAAAUAACACUUUUAUUGAGGCAAAAUAUCCUUUAUUUUAACAGUAAACUACAACAAAAAUAACACCGGGUGCAUUUUAGGUUGGCCAACCACAAGCCGCCUACAAGAAUUAAAGAAGACAACAAUUCCCACAAUUCCUUGCUGUAUUUGAAACCGUUCGAAACAAACCAAGGUGUUGCCAAAUCUAUAUCCGGAAAUGAGUGUCACAAUAAGAGCAAACAAUCAUGAUUUAAACACAGGUCGAGGAAUAACUAAAGAAACGCUCAUGUGUAAGGCUCCUAAUAAAUGUAAUUUUAUCAUUUUGAUAUUCAUUAAAAAAUACACGCAUUUUCUUUAUUGUAUUUAUUUGAGUUUUACAUUUUACAACAAAUAGUUACAUUAUAGUUGUUUUGGAAGUUUUAUUUUGAAAUUCUUAACGGAUGUUAUUUGGUUGCAUUGUGAUAGACUUCAUGCAAAAAACCGUUAGCGCUAGCUUCGGACUUACAGUUAGCAGGAAAACCUUCGUCCAACAUGAAGAUUUGCGUGUUUUUAAUGAAAGUAUGACACACAUAUAAUUGUUUGUACAGGUCUUAUAUAUGUCAGACUGUUUUCUGGCUCCGGUGAUUUUGUCACUUGCUGUUUGAGAGCCUUUUAUAAGCUACGUUAACUAGUUAGCCCGAACAACCAAAGCUAAGUGGCUAGCUACCUCAGUUUGCAUAAUCUUUUAUGUAUUGUUUUUGAAAUGGAUGAAGAUUUUAUGCUAGCUCUUCGGCUCCAGGAGCAGUUUGAUAAUGAAUACGAGACACCAUCAUAUGCAUCCAGUGCCUCUGAUGAUGAAGGCUUCGGACAGAGCAGUAAGAAGCGGAAAGUGGAGGUAUCUGGAGGCGAUGUUGUUCCCUACUGGAAGCCGAAAGUGCAGCCCGACAGGCCGCUGUCCAUCGUGGACUCCUCUUGGGAGACGCUGGACCCCAGCCCCGAUGUCAGAGCCAUGUUUCUGGAGUUCAAUGACACUUUCUUCUGGGGGAAACUUAGCGGUGUGGAGGUGAAGUGGAGCCCAAGGAUGACACUGUGUGCUGGUGUGUGUUCUUAUGAGGGCGGAGGGGGUCUGUGUUCAAUCCGACUGAGUGCGCCUCUGCUGAAGCUCAGACCGAGAAAAGACCUGGUGCAGACUCUCCUUCAUGAAAUGAUCCACGCGCUGCUGUUUGUGACCCAGAACAACCGAGACAGAGACGGUCACGGCCCUGAGUUCUGCAAACACAUGAACCGGAUCAACGAUGCCACCGGGACACAGAUUUCUGUCUACCACAGUUUCCACGAUGAGGUGGACGUGUACCGGCAGCACUGGUGGAAAUGCAACGGGCCCUGUCAGAACCGCAAGCCCUACUUUGGUUUCGUAAAGAGGGCCAUGAACCGGGCUCCUUCUUCUCAGGAUCCGUGGUGGGAAGACCACAGGAGGACGUGUGGAGGGACCUACACCAAGGUCAAAGAGCCAGAAGGAUACGGCAAGAAGGGCGACAAGAAGGGCGACAAGAAGGAGGGUAAAACAGACGAGAAGACCUCAGAGAAGAAGUCCUCUGGAAAUGAAAAGCCUCCGAGCAUAACUACAGUUUCCGUAUCACAGGACAUAAGGAACCUCAUCCCAUUCAGUGGCAAAGGCUUCCAGCUCGGAGGGAAUCCCCAACCCUCCCCAGUGGUGCCUCCCUCUCCAAAGAAGCUCUUCCCGCCAUCCUCUCCGGCUAAAAGUCUUGUCCCCUCCAUCAGACCAGCUUCCUCCAUGGUGCAGAAGCCACUUAAGAAGAAGUCUGUCGGCAACACCAGAGCUUUUGUCAACAUCAACGGCUCUCCAGUGAGAAUCUCCAGACCCCACAGCAGCGGCAGCAACCGUAGCCAAGACGCAGAUAAAAACACGCAGAGGUCCAUAGAAGGCCUCUUUACCAGCACGAGCCUCAGGAGGUCAACGGGUCAAUCCUCUAACCCAGAAACGAAAAGAGAUCCUCCUAAUGCUGCUUUCUCUGCGUCUGGCGCCAUUCCUAAACAGAUACAUAACAACCUAACAUCUACGGCUAGUCCGAGUGAACCCAGCUAUUCUGUGGUUUCGACAGGAACCAAAGGCAGCCCUAGUAAACCAUCACAGUCCAAGUAUUUCAGUCCAACUAACAGUGACGGUAAAUCAGGAGCUUCCGGUUCUGCUCCGACAUCGAGGAAGAGGCCGUGGGACGAGCGCGGGAACUCCCCCAGCCUCUAUGACUUUUUCCAGAGGGCAUUAGGCAGCGAUUCAGCAGCGCCGAGGGAGUUGGGGAAGACACAAGCACCCGCAAUGCAGCAAAGAACUGCCACUGCCACUGCCACCUCCUCCACUUCCUCGCUCCCUGGGAUGCUCACUUUUACCCCCUCCUCGUCUUCCUCCUCCGCGUCUUCCUCCUCCGCGCUGAUGGUCAGCUGUCCCGUGUGCCAAACGCAGAUGCCGGAGUCAGACAUCAACCAGCAUCUUGAUUCCUGCCUCUCCUGAGGAGAAGGUGACAGGGACGUUGCAAUAAAGUUUAAAAUGUUAGGAGGAGUUUCAGGGAGUUUGCUGUGUUGAAUUUUAGUGACUUCCUCUGACCAAAUCUUCUCAACAAAGUCAAAAUACUUUCCGUUUUAUUUGAAAAUAAUGGUUUUUAUGUGGUUUUCAGUAUUACGUCACUGUCAUGAUCACAAGUGCCGUCUGACAUUGAAUACCUACAUUAAGUAUGUAUUUUUCAUCUGGCAAAAUGUCAUUCCAGUAAGUUCUCUCUGAUCUGUGUACCAGAAACUGAAGCAUUCUUCUUUUUUGUAUAUGUUUAAAAUUUAAAGGAUGACGUUCUUAUAUUACAUUCUAUCAUGCUGAUCACAAAAGCUCUCAAGGUGCUGCUCGAAGUGUGUGUGUGUGUGUGUGUGUGUGUGUGUGUGUGUGUGUGUGUGUGUGUGUGUGUGUGUGUGUGUGUGUGUGUGUGUGUGUGUGUGUGUGUGUGUGUGUGUGUGUGUGU